UGUCUGAAUAAAAAUCAGUGGCGGCUCAAGGGAGAGAACUCCUCCUACUAAAUUAUCAAAAAUGGGCUGGCUUUAGUCUCUUAACAAAUUGGACAGAGCUCCGGAAGGCAGCAGUCCCAAAUCCAACCUACAGGCACUGGGAACUUUAAAGCAACCAGGGACUGCUUGAAAAUAGCACUUCUUUUUGCUUUCUUUGUAUUCAAAACUAUAUCCUCUCCCGACCGGUUCUGCCGCCCCAGGUCCGAGUCUCUCCGGUCAGGAGCCCCGGCUCUCCAGAACAGUAACAGAUCCUUUAGCUCGUUUUUCUUCUUUGAUUUUUCAAACUAAUUAUUAUUACGUUUUCUUCCCCUUGUUUGUUUUCCGCACACCUUCAGGAAGCCCUCGGUGCUUGAGCAAAGAGAAGCUCCUAUUGCAACCUCCUUCCCUGUGCCGUGCGCCUCGGUGUAAACAUUUUGGAUGAUCUAAAGACUCUGGGGUCUGUAUAUGGAAAUAGUGGGGUGCAGAGCAGAAGAAAAUACUUGUCCUUUCCGUCCCCCAGCCAUGCUUUUCCACGGGAUCUCCGGAGGCCACAUCCAAGGAAUCAUGGAGGAGAUGGAGAGGCGAUCCAAGACCGAGUCCCGCCUGGCUAAAGGGGGACAGAUGAACGGCCGAGAAACGAACAUGCCCCCCAUGAGCCCCGAGAAGCCUGCUUUGUGCGCCGGGUGUGGAGGGAAGAUCUCAGACAGAUAUUACCUGCUGGCUGUUGACAAACAAUGGCACCUCAGGUGUCUUAAGUGCUGUGAAUGUAAACUGGCUUUGGAGUCAGAACUCACCUGCUUUGCCAAGGACGGCAGUAUUUACUGCAAGGAGGAUUACUACAGAAGGUUCUCCGUGCAGAGAUGUGCCCGCUGCCACCUUGGGAUCUCAGCCUCUGAAAUGGUCAUGAGAGCCAGGGAGUCGGUUUAUCACUUGAGCUGCUUCACCUGCACCACCUGUAACAAGACUCUGACCACGGGCGAUCACUUUGGCAUGAAGGACAACCUGGUUUACUGCAGGGCCCACUUCGAGUCCCUUUUGCAAGGAGAAUACCCCCCUCAGCUGAGCUACACCGAGUUGGCAGCCAAGAGUGGAGGGCUGGCCCUGCCCUACUUCAACGGCACGGGCACCGUGCAGAAGGGGAGGCCCAGGAAACGAAAGAGCCCUGCCCUGGGAGUGGACAUCGUCAACUACAACUCAGGUUGUAAUGAGAACGAGGCAGAUCACAUGGACAGAGACCAGCAGCCUUAUCCCCCAUCCCAGAAGACAAAGCGCAUGCGCACCUCCUUCAAACACCACCAGCUUCGUACCAUGAAGUCCUACUUUGCUAUCAACCACAACCCAGAUGCCAAGGACCUCAAGCAGCUUGCCCAGAAAACAGGCCUGACCAAGAGAGUUUUGCAGGGAGAACAAAUCAUGGGGCAUUACAGCCAAACAUCCCGACGUUUGAAAAUUCCCUAAAGUAUUAAAAGAAGGGGAAAAGUUUGAUCGGAAAUCCACUGCAGUGAAGACAAAGACAAUAUUAGGUUAUGAUAAUCAUACAUUUAAAAAUCUAUCGAGCCAAAAAAUAAAAAUUAAAGACUUGAUGUCAUUUCCUGAAUGUUAACAAAACAUAUGUUAUUUUAUGGUGUCUAAUUAACAGAACUGGAGGCUUCAACAAAUUGUGUGGUAUUAAAAACAAAUUUAGAGAAACUAUGUAUAAAACCAGAGCAACCUGGCAGCAAUCUACCCAGCCCAUAUUCGAAGAAAACUUUUCUUUAAAAAUAUCACAUUUGUCAAGCACAAGUACUUGUAAAAUAAAAUCUGAGUGCAUUCAUUCCACUUGCUUGCUAGUGUGUACCAGUCAUACCUGUUGAAUGGAUUUUUGUAAAUUCAAAGAGAACUUUUCACUCAUUCCAAAUCAUAGGAAUCAAACCCAGUAACUUUAGUACUAUUGUUUCUGAAUCCUUUUUUUUUUUUUUAAAUGAGACAAAUCUGCAUGCACUUUUCCGUCUGUCACAUAUAGUGUACAUUUCUGUAUGAUGAAUUUCUCUUUGAUGUUUCUUGUAUAAUAGCUUUCAUUAAUAAACAUUUUAUUUGAUGCAAACAUAGUUAACUUUAUGUAAACACUUAGCUAAUUGUUCCAGCUAAUUUAAACUUUUCUUUUGAAAAAAAAAAGCAGUAGAGCGCAGUUCCAACACGUUAUAUAUAUGAAAUCAGAAAGAAUGAGGUAGCAAUACUGUUACACAGCGAAAAGUAUUUCUUUUGGUGUUUACCUUUUAUUUUUUUUAACCUGCUGUAUAAAACUGACACUUUUUUUUUUUUUUUUUUUAAAUCCCAUUGGCAUCAGCAGUAAAACAACCCCGAAUUCUUCUUCCAUAUCCGAAAACAUAAGCAGUAUGUAAAACUCUCAAUGACUUUUAGAAUACAUGGAUAUAAUUUGUGGAUCCCUGAGCUGUUUACAAGGUCACUAUGCAAUGAGCAAGUACAUUACAAAUAGUUGCUCCUGAGAUUCCCAGUCUAAAAGGCAGAUGAUUUUUACGAGGCGACAAGCGAGUGUGACAAUAACCAAUUAUUAGUAAUGAGGUUUUGUAAGCGUUAAGCAACUAUUUGCAGAAAGAUUUUUUUAAAAUAUAUUCCUAUUUAGCUGUAUAGCCAAAGCGUAUGUUAAACAAAUUAACAUAUAAAAACUUGCCAGAAAAUCUUUCAUUAAGAUGACAUUUUUAUUAUAUACUAAUGAACCCUAUGUAAACAAUGUAACUUUUAUGAAUGAUGGACAUUAAAUAUUUCACUUACGUGUAUCCUCAGCAUUUUGCAUGUUUUCUUAAGCUCUUCCAGUUUCUGAAUCCUAAAUCCUGAAUCCUAAAGAGAAAACCAUACAAUUAUUAACAACAUAAGACAAAGUUGCAUACAGAUUACUGCAGCGAUCUCUGGAAACUGGUAACCAAGAGUGUUCUAACAGCAAUAAAAAGGUAUCAUUUAUUGGUGGCAAUUAUGGGAAGUAUUGUUUAAACAACAGUUUUAUAGUCUGUUGUAAAGUUCUGUUUAAAAAGGUUAGCAUGGAGGACUUAAUUCAAAUCAGCUUGAUCAGAAAUUUAAGUAUACUGUGAGAUUCUUAAACCGAGCCUUAUGUGCAUUUAUUGCUGCAGAAAAGGAGGCCGUGCAGAAAAGUGAUCAUUCCUAUCUCAGCCAUAAUGUGGUUUCCCUGUGUUGUCCACAAGAAAAUAUUACAAACAUUAAUUAUUAAACCCAGUAAAGAUCUAGGGUGGUGUUUAGGGCACUGAGAAAACUUACUCUUGCUAAUUUUUCUUUUGUAAAUCACUGCAUUCUUUAGUCAGUUGGAAUCCUUCUGUACCAUUUUAAUGCUUACAAACAUAUUUCCAGUCUGAAUUAUUGUCCAUGUGCUGCUUUUCUCAUUUGAUUUAAAUUAGAAAAAUAAAUGAAUUAAACGCUCCCAACGAAAAACAAGCUCCACUGAAGUAAAUGGCAAAAUUAAAUUAACUGAUUAAAGUGCAACCAGGGGAAUUUUGUGUCUCCUUGAUGAUUAACGAUAUCGAGGUUUCAUUUCUUAACAGUGCUAUUGUUUGUCUGGGGAUAGUCUGCAUUUAGUGCUCUGAUUCGUAUGAGUAGCUGCAUUUGCCAUUCCAAGGUUUUUUGCAAGAUAACGAUAUCUGUCCCUUGCAUUUAGUGAGUAAACAUGUUGAAGGGGCAGCAUUAUACUGGAAAGAAAAGUAAGGAAUAAUUUCAGACAAGAUUUAAGAGCAUACAAGACAAACCUGAGUUUUCACUUGUCAGAAGUGAAAUGUGCUAGGGUUCUUCCUAGUGGAUGCAUGCCCACAGCUAGAUGCAGCAUUUCAUUUCACUUCUGGUCUCAAAAAAGAAGUCAAAUUGUGCACUCCUAGAACAUCUGACUCAGAAUUAUUCACUAGAGGAAUGGUUUGCAGGGCUGGGUCAAAUGACAGAAGGCUGACACCAGAGCUCACUGGAAUCGGUGAAUUUUCUCUCCCUGAUCCUGUGGGCUUUGAGCCAGGAGCUGAAUGAACAUAGAGACUAAAUUAUUCUCUUGCCUCUUAAGAAAGCAUAACCUUCAGAAUGAGAUAGAAUAUAUAGGACAGCAAUGCCGCUCUGUUCUUUAGAUUUCAUUCUUGAGAGCUGCUAAUGCAAGCACCUGGCACAUGCAUUCAAUUGACUUCAAAAUAUUUCUUCCUCCUUCACCCAAAUACAGGACACAAAUUAUACUACUGGAAAUUCCAGAAGCUAUUAUAGUGUUGGAGACUUUAUUCAGUUAUUCUGCAGUGCUGAACAAUUCUCCUGCACUUCUCAAUUGACACAGACUUAUCUUGACACAUACCUAUAUACAUAUCCUUGUCUUGCCUUCAGAUAACUAGUACAUUCAUAUCUAUUUAAGUCACUCAAACCUAUAGGAAGUAACUCUCCGGGCUCACACGUUCUAGCUAAAGCAGUUGUCAUAAUUUUUAUUUUGUUGUUCCUCCAAAGUAAAAUAUUUUAUCCGAAGCAAUUUUAGUUU